GCUGAGAAGUACAACUAAAUGUAUAUAUUAUUUUUGUAGCUAUUCUUUAGCAAAGUUUGCAGUGUUUUUUCUCAUCAUCACAAGGCCACCAUGGCAUGAACUGAUCUGAACUGCAUGUGUUGGAGGGAAUAUUCAGGGUGUUUGUCUGACUAUCUUAUCUGUAGUCAAAUUAGCAGUUAUGUCAAAGUGCACAGAAUUGCAGAAAAAUAUGUGUUAAAAUUAUAAUUUUCAGUCUGUCAUAAGCCUUCAAGUAUGACAGACUGUUGUGCUUUUGCUCUUUAUUCUAACAUUCUUUAUAUACUGUAGCUCGUAUAGACUAUAACAUUGACAUGAAACAUUCACAUAAGACAUUGUUUUUAUCUUGAAAUUCAAUAAUACUUCACGUUUAGAAAACUAGUCCUGCUUGAUUUCUACACUACUCCCAAUGCUAUUGUUCUCCUAAGAAUGAGCAGAUGAUGUAUAAAGGUAAGACCGUAGAUUGUUUUGAACAGAAAUGUCUGAAACCUGUGAUCAACAUUAUGACAACCUUAUCAAUCAUUUACAACAGUCUGAGCCCUUUUGAUCAAACUCCUAUUUCCUAGUUAUUAGAAACCUUUCAUUUUGACGAAGAGGCCUCCAAAACCCAGAGCAACACUACGGCAUGACCCACCGUCUUUCUUUGUACCCUUUUUAAUUGUCUUGUCUGUUUUCUAUGAAUUACUGUUUGCACCCUUUUUACAUUUACUAUAUAUUCAAUAGUGAAUCACAUUGAUUACACAGUCAUUGAUAGCAACAAGGUCUUGCUUAAAAGGAAUAUUUGUGUAACGUGUAGAUGUUUGGAUGGUUUUGCAUAUAUUAUGCAAUACUAUUUAUUUUCAGGUAACAUUUGAACACGUUCGCAUAACUAAGAGGAGCAGGGUGGUAUUGUAAAAUGGUCCUUCUUCAGGACUUUGAAGAACGGAAUGAGAAACAAACACCAUUGAAUUGCCCAAUGAGUGAAUUCCCUAAACCUUGACUCAUAAAGGUCUCUAAACAAAAAAAAUGACAUUGCCCUCCGAGGCAGUAAUUACAACAGGCAAGACAAAGUAAAAGGAGCACAGAGGCUACACCAUAUAUCUAAAGAGUGUGCAUAGAAAAGGCCGUCAUCAGAACAGGAAUACGUAUUGUUCCGCAGUGAUGUCUGUAACAGGAUGAAAAACCAUCAAAAAAAUGGCAUCCGUCAGACAUGAAGGAUGUAAGGAUGCCUACCAGACACUGAUUGCUAUUGGCGAGUAAACAUUUGUUAGGCUCCACUGAGCAAGCAGAGAUAGGCCCUAGUUGCGUUGACAGAGUCCCCUGAAUUGCAUCUAUGACGAUGGGGCCAUCACGUCAAAACCAUUAAGACUGGGACUGGGUGACAUGAUAAUAUAUUGAUCCGGUCGUGAUGGAUGGUCAAGGUAAAUAUAAAAGUGUAGCUCCCAGUUAAAGCAAUGUAGUGCAGGCUAGAGUCACCUAUUCUGUUGGAACCAUGCUGUCCAUCGCACUAUUCUACAUUUUAGCUGUGAUCUUCUCUGCCAGACAGACGCACGCUCUUCCGCUUUAUCCAGACAUGAGCUUGGAACCGCAAGAAGAACUGAUCCAGAAGUUGAUUGCAGAGGUAGAGGAUGGUGAAAAUGCAGAGCUGAUUGACCAAAGAGAGGUGAAGAACCUAUACCCUCCAGUGCAGCGUGAUGGAGCCAGGGAAACCUAUAACAAAGCAGGAGCUAAAGAUUCCAUGCAGCAAGACGCCUUUGUCAACAUGGUUGAUAAACUGAAAGCGAUCGUCUUGAAGCUCGCUGCAGCAGACAAGCUUCGUUCCCAAGGCUUCCUUCGGUCUGAGCAGAGCUUACCAAAAACAAAUAAAAGAGCAUGCUUCUGGAAGUACUGUGUGACAAACUAGAAGCUGUGCGCCAAAGGAGAAAGAUAUGUUAAGAUGAUGUCUGAACACCUGCCAUCCCGACACUUACAUUAGCUAUGCCCCUCAUGGAGGAUUCAACUCACAACAUUGUUUAUACUUCGAACCCUGAAAAGAAGACUGGAAUUUGAUUGAUAUAAAUAUAUAUUUUUAAUCCAGUUGACAAGGGCCUUGCCCUGAGGCUGACUGACAAUAAAAUGAAAUAUUUCAUGUGGAUUUAAUAGAACAGUUUUCUUUUUGAGAGCAACAGUGUGUAUGUUUAUGCAUUUCUAAGUCAACACCAUAAAACACUACAAUGACACAUAAAAUAUUGAAAUGCAAAGUCAAUAUAUGUUUAGUUUAAUGAUAAAACAUUAACCAGAUAUGACUACAUACUGUAUGUGUUGCCUUAAAUGUUUAUCUGUGGUUAUUUCUUACCCCCACAAGAGAGCAGCAGUGUACUGGAGAUGCACAUACAUACAGACACACACACACACACAAACACAAACAAGAUGGUCACACUAAUGAAAUAAAUUGUAUUUCACACCUUCAAAUCCCUAGAAUCCGACAGGUGUAUUCAUUAUUUUUGAUGGCAUCUUAAUAUUUGGAGUGGUUAUGGUUACCAUACAGAACUGUAAAAAAAAAAA